AUGGGCCCCAGUACCGCCUCCUCAUGCUGCUGCCAGGCUCGUAAUCUGUCAUGCGCCCCUGUACCGCCUCCUCAUGCUGCUGCCAGGUCCAGAGUGUGUCAUGGGCCCCCGUACCGACUCCUCAUGCUGCAUGCCAGGCCCGUAAUCUGUCAUGGGGCCCCUGUACCGCCUCCUCAUGCUGCUGCCAGGUCCAGAGUGUGUCAUGGGUCCCUGUACGGGCCUCCCAUUGCUGCUGCCAGGCCCGUAAUCUGCCAUGGGCCCCCGUACCAACUCCUCAUGCUGCUCCCAGGCCCGUAAUAUGUCAUGGGCCCCUGUUACCGCCUCCUCAUGCUGCUGCCAGGUCCAGAGUGUGUCAUGGGUCCCUGUACGGCCUCCCAUUGCUGCUGUCUCCAUCGCCACACUCUGCCAUGUGCCACUUUCAGGUCUCCUCACACUGCUGGUGGUUUCCAUUUUUGUCAUAGGGUGCUGUA